AUGCCGAAAAAUUUAAAUUUAUUCGGAAAAUAUUUAAGAAGACUUGGGAAAAGUCAUAAGAAAGGUUUUAAAAAAAAACAGAUAAUUCAUCCUGUCCCGGUGAAGGCAUAUGGAAGAGUUCCAUCAGCAGCAUCACAAACAGGUUUAUAUCACGAUGAGGAUUAUAACUACUAUACAAAAGUAUCGUAUUCAUUAAAAAAGACAAGAAUUAAGUUAAAACCAAAUGUUUUUAAAAAGCAUAUAGUUAGUAAUAUAUUAAAUACCAUAAUACCAAAUGUCAAAAUUACAACUAGUGCAUUACAUGCUAUAGAUGAUGCAGGAGGAUUUGAUAAUUAUAUUUUAAGAACAUCUCCAGAGGAACUUCGAUCAAAUUUUGGAGAAAAAUUAAAAAGUGUUAUGUAUUUUUAUAUGUCCCAUCCAAAUGUUAGAUCUUUAUCUUUACCUUGGAAAAUUUUUAUGAACAAAUUUCAACAAAGUGAUUAUUAUUAUGCUAUAUAUCAACAUUUAAAAAAAAAAAGAUUAUAUGAACUUUACAAAAAUAAGAAAUCUGCACAAUUCUCCCCAUACUAUUUACCAAAUGACAAAUGUUUGCAUCCACAAAGACAGCCAUUUCCCCUUAAUACAGAACUUAGUAAUCUGAAUUUAUGGUAUAAUAAAAACAAAUUACUAAAAAAGGCUUUUAUCGAAAAGUUGAAGCAAGCCAAAUCUUUUGACAAGGCCUAUACGGAUCAUCACUUUUUAGACAGCUAUAGAACUGGUAGGGGGCGAGGUGGAGGGGGAAAACAUGGAUGUACCCCUAGAAAAAGAUCUAAGACGUAUAAGUAUUUUGAAAUAAGACCUUAUUAG